AUGAGAGAUGGCCCGAGAAAGCGGUUGCUGAGUGGUGUGCAUGAAGCAAUAGAAGGACCCCAAAGUCCAAGAAACGGCCGACUGUCUUCAAUGUGGGCAUUAGUGGUGCUCUGCGAUGCAAGUUCCAAUGGAAUCUCUGUCAGGAUAGUACGAGAUACGGGUUCGUCGCACAGCUUGGUGGUCAGAGAUGCAGUUCCUGGGAUAGAGAAUUGUAUGACUCAAGAUAGUGUAAUUCUGAAGAGCAUUGGUGGACUGACUACAAUCCUGUUUGUUGUGGAUACUCCUCUGAUUGAAAAUCCAGUGAAGGACCUAGAAGAGAAAGCCAUGUUUCAGUCAUGUGUCGUUGAACACAGCCUGAGGACUUUGGAUACUGCAAAGAAUUUGAUUUGUACGGAUGCUGUUCAUGCUGAUGUCGCAGCAGGUGAUGUAGUAGAGGAGCUAGAGCAGAGAAACUCUCCUCUGAUAGAAGACAAGGUAGAUAAAGUCAGCAAUGAAAAUGACUGUAAGCCAGACAACGCUAUUGUGGAGGUUUGUGAAUCUUCUUUACUAGAGUGUAAUAUUUUGGAUUCAGAGUUUCAUAAUCUGUUUGAAAUGAAGGACUUUGAUAUUAGAGAUGCUCAAGCUAAUGAUCAUUCUUUACAACAAAUGUAUAAUGAAGCUGUUUCAGAGAGUGAAAUCGCUACGGAAGCGACUUGCUAUUAUUUAAAGACAGGAAUACUGAUGAGAAAGUACAGAGCUCUUUCUACUCCUGCUAAUGCUUCAUGGGACGUGAAGUACCAAUUAGUUGUACCUUUAGGAUUGAGAGAAGAAAUAAUCCGGAUUGCCCAUGUGAAUACAUCUGCCCAUCUUGGAGUGAAGAAGACCACACUCAAUAUUCUGCAAUAUUUUUAUUGGCCUGGAAUAAGAGAAGAUGUAAAGAAAUUUUGUAAAGUAUGUGAUACUUGUCAAAAGUAUAUCAUCCUCAAAGUCAAGGUUGUCUUGAAAGAUUUCACCAGACGCUAAAAGCAGGAUUGACUAAGUUUUGUGAAGAAACUGGCAAAGACUGGGAGGAAGGAUUGCCGUUUGUUUUAUAUGC